AUGGCUCACAACUUGUUGCUCAUCACUCUCGCUGUCUCGGCUCUCGCCACAGUAACCCUUGCGGGUCCAGGAGGACGUGGUGGACCAAAAGGAGGACCACAUGGACAUGGACAUGGUGGACCAUCAUAUUUGGCCAAUGUCACGAAGGAGGGACGGAGAGAAUUUGAAGCAGUGUUCAAGAAUGAGACAGCUACGAUUGCCGAGAUUGAUGCUCAAACUUCUGCGCUCGCUGAGAAAUACAAUGACGCCUACAAUGCCUUCACCGCCAAACACACCGCCCAUCUCGCCGCCGUGAAAGCCAAUCAAACUCAAGUCAUCUCCAAUCUCGAGACCGUCGUCCCAAAACUCGCUGCCAUCUAUCAGAAUAAGGAUCAAACUCGUAAGGCUCAGGAGGAAGCUGUUGAUGCUCUCCGUCAAGAGUAUCCAGUGGAAGUGGCUGCUGUUAAGUACAUCCGUGAACUUCUUGGAGCUCACGACAAGCAGCGACCAGGACCAAGAGGUGGACCAAGAGGAGGACCACACCGUGGAGGACACGGACACGGUCGUCAUGGCUUCUAUUGA